CGUGCUCGCAGAUUCGUAGAUCCACAAAAAGACAUCGUGGAUCUGGAAAACAAUUUCUAGGGUUAGGGUUUAGCCGCCGGAGGGUUUGUCGUUGUUGAGCUUCAUCUUGUCCGGAGAUUGUCAAUGGGGCCGCGUCGUAGAUCGAAGGGGAAGGUUGAUCGGGAGGCGGAGGAGGAGGAGUUGGAGGAACGGGAGGCGAGGUCGGUGGUGGUACUCACUAGCAGCGAUGAUGAGGAGGCGAACAAGGAUCUGAGCCUUGAGAUUGUCGAGAAGGCGAGGAAUCGCAAGGGCAAGCGGCUGUUUCCCACCGAGGAUGAUGGAGUAGCCAAGCGAGUUCCGUUGGUCGAGCUCUCUUCGGCCUCUGAUGAUGGGGUUGGCGGUGAGUUGGUAGUGCCGGAGGAGGAAGCGGAGGAGAAGAAGAAGAGGAAGAAAAGGAAGAAGUCCAAGAAGAGUAAGGAGGUCGUGGAGGAGGAUGGCGCUGCUGAAAUGCUUGUUAAAGGGGAAGAGAGUCAAGAGACACUGGGAAUGGCUGAUUCAGUGCAUACUGGGGCUAAUGGCGCUUCUGACCUAACUGCUCUUCCUGAACUUGUGAAUGCUCAUAGGAAGGAUGAUGAUCCAUUGGUAACUGAGGAUUCGCUAACUAAUGAACCAUCUGACAAUGUGAUUUUGCGGAAACUUCUUCGUGGGCCUAGGUAUUUUGAUCCUGGAGAUAGCACUUGGCAGGGAAGUUGCUUCAAUUGUGGGGAGGAAGGGCAUGCAGCUGCUAAUUGCACUGCAGAGAAGCGGCGAAGGCCUUGUUUUGUUUGUGGAAUGUUUGGGCAUAACUCAUACCAAUGCACCAAGGGGCAAGAUUGUUUUAUUUGCAGAAGAAGGGGUCAUUUUGCAAAAGAUUGCCCAGAUAAACAUCAGAGGAAUUCUCAUGAUUAUAAGAUUUGCUUACGAUGUGGUGAUGCAGGACAUGAUAUGCUAACAUGUAGUAAUGAUUAUGCACCUGAGGACAUGAAGGAUAUUCAAUGCUAUGUCUGCAGAAAGUUUGGUCAUCUUUGCUGUGUUGAUUGCAAGCAAGAAGGAUCUGGAGAGGUUUUUUGCUACAUUUGUGCUCAAUCUGGGCAUACUGGUGCAGGCUGCGCAAAACAAAGUGCCGCUGAUGUUGACGCAUCACCUAGUUUGUGCUACAAAUGUGGUGAAGAAGGUCAUUUUGCACGGGGUUGCACAAAAUCUACCAAGUCAGAUAGGUCUGAUAAGUUCAUGGGCAAAUUGCAUACUCCUCCUCGAAAGUUUUCUUUGGGCGAAUCAUCAACCACCUCUCGGAGAUUUGCUUCUGGUGAGUCUUCAAAGCGAUCUCAGAAAUACGUGGAGGACAAGAAAGGAUUCCAAUCAGCACCUCAUUAUGCUGGCAAAACACAUAAUAAGCAAAGGGUGCAGCAUGAAGGGAGGUGGAAUGGAACACCUAGGGUGUCAAGGUCAAAUGGUGGUUGGACAGUUGAUGGUCCAGGUGAAACGACAAAGGGAAGGCAUAAAGCCAGUGGUUGGGUGUCUUCUUCAACAUAUGGAGAAAGUUAUAAUAAGAAGCAAUUCACACCAUCUAGCGGGCAUUAUUCUAGUUCUAGGUCAUCUCCUAGGAAACACAAAUAUUUCUCAAAUUCUCAAAACUCAGCCAGUAGGCAUGGGCUCUCAGAUUUUAGAUCUGGCAGAUCUCAAGGUCAUUAUGGGAGAAACUAGUGGCAAAAAUGUUCUUAACAGCUAUAUUUGAAGAUAAUGGGGGCUUGCAAAUCUGCCGUUACUGAUAUGGAAAGAAGGAAAGCCUUUCCGGUUCAUUGUUGUGUACAUGUAAAGUAACUUUGCAUUUGUAUGCCUGAGUUCUUUAAAAUUUAUUUUUCUUUGAACUUUGGUGGAACCCUUCAUUGAAGCUGAUUUUUGGAGAAUGAUAGUGAUAAUACUUUGUUAGCGUUUCAUGUUAUGCUGGUGUCGCUAAAUGAAAAGACAGCUCAGGGAGCCUGGUGCGCUUAACUGCUAAAAUUCAUUGCUGGCAUGGAUCUAUUUCUUGAGUUCAGAGGUCUGUGUCAUGACUCAUGACCAGAAGAUGGUUCAUCUGGUUUAGCCAGAGUAGUCCUAGCAAGGUUGCCGCGGAUGAUCUAAAUGUAGACUAAUGUCUUUGUGUCACAACUUUGACAUGCCACUUUCUUUUCUGUUCUUUGUAUGUUACAGAUACUCUGCCCAAUAAAAAAUUAGUCAACAAUUCUUGUU